AUGUCGAAUUCAACAGAAGGGUAUGACCCAAGAUGGCUUCAGGUACGCUUACUUCACUCGCUUCCCCUUUCCUCAUACCAUACUAAUCUUCUCAAAUCACAGUUCGAAGAAAAGUUCGGAGCACGCCCUCUCUUUCAAGGCUCUCCUGAAGACAUCUUGACUCAAUUCAAAGGAUUAGUUUCCUUGAUAACGAGCCAAUCUCCACCACCUGACCCGUCAGUCAUUACCGAUGACACUACUGCCAAUGGAGUUCCCGUUCGCAUCUAUAAGCCAGCUCAUGCUAUUGAGACUGGUAGUACACUACCAAUUGGAGUUUAUUUUCAUGGAGGAGGUUGGAUGGUCGGCGAUCUUGAUUGUGAGUCGAGCUUUAUUCAAUAAGUCUCGUGAAGCCUCCACUCUAGGUUUUCUCAAUAUACGCGUACGAGUUCUUUCUAUCAUGAAGCAUUACACAGGGAAGUACAGCAACCCCAGAUGAUCAGAGAAAAAGCAAAAAUUCCUUUGUUAUUCUACCAUUUUUUUGUUUAUUGUGGUGCUCCAGCUUGAACAUCCAGGUUGUAUACUUUUAUUCUCCUAGAAUGAUCGAGCAAUCGCUCGAUUGUUCGAACUUUUAUAUAAAUAAACCAUGAACUAUUCUCAUAGUAGGGAUAAUAAGUGUUAUUCUGUGCUGCUUCUUCAAAGCUAUUCUGAGAUAGGAAUCAGAACACAAGGUUUCGCAAUUACCUAACCACCUUCUGCACAUGUUCCCACGUCUAGGAAGCACAUUUACAAUCUUCCAAGUUAUUGCUAUCACCUUUAAUUAGAGAAUUACGGUCUAGUUACUCGACUCAAUACAUAUGGUUGUUUUGAAGUCAUGACAUCCAUUAAGUUAUCAUUCAAUUCUCACUGUCUUCAAUCAUAGGCUGCUCUUACAAAACACUACCUAACAACUGUUUAGCUGAGGAUCCUUGGUGCCGCUACAUUACCACAAGCACCCCGUGCAUAAUAGUCUCAGUCGACUAUAGAUUAACCCCAGAAUAUCAAAUGCCAACCCAGCUCGAAGAUUGCCUCGCAGCAUUCCACUGGGUUCGUCUUCUACCCUCCAGAUCCUUCAGGAAAAUACUAACCAUAUAUCACCAGGUCUACAACAACGCAGAGGACAUUGGAGGCUGCAAGGAGAAAAUCUUCACCAUCGGCGCCUCGGCAGGAGGAGCCCUCGCCCUCCUCGUCGCAGACCAGCUCAUAAAAUCCAAACUCAAGUCGUACAUCUGCGGCAUCAUCGCCAUCGUCCCAGUGACAACCCAUCCCUCCAGCCCACCCGCAAAACUCAAAUCCCACUACAAUUCCUACAUCAGCAACAGUUCGGGAGUCCCAGUCAUCGACGCAGCCGUGAUGGAAACAUUCUUCCAAGCCGCAAAUGCACAGCCGAACGACGAAAAAUGCUUCGUCACUUUGAGUAAAGAUUUGGGAGACUUCCCGCCCGUUUACAUAGCUACUUGUGGGAAAGAUCCGUUGCGGGAUGAUGGAGUGGUGUUGGAGAUGAUGCUGGGUGAGAAUGGAGUCAAGGUUGUGAGGGAUCAUUAUGAGGGCUUUCCGCAUUAUUUCUGGUUCUUUCCUGGGGUUGAGGGGAAGGAGAUAGUCCUUGAUAAUGUGGCCAAGGGGAUUAGAGCGUUAUUGGGAUAUUGAAUGUUUGCCCCUGAUAUUUAUUUUUCCUUUUCCUUUUUGCGCUUCUUUUGCGUGGUCUCGCUUGACUUGAGUAGCAAUUGAGAACGUCUAUCUUGUUUUGUUUUCAGUGGUAAUUAAGAACGAGGCAUUUCCAAAU